AGAGUCGGCUCGGGACACUGGAGUGGGAUUCAUGUCUUCCAGGUUCUUGUGCCCGGUGAGAGGAAAGUGAGAAGGAAGUGGGCCGGGGCUGGUUUAUUGAGACUUGAGUCUCAAACAGGCUCAGGAGCUGUUGAACUCUGUUAGCCCCGCGCUCGCCUUGGCGGGAGCCGCUGCCGCUUAGAGGACCGGACUGACUACGGCGUCGCGCUCCAGUGACGUCAGUCCGAGGAAGCUGGCGGUCCUCGCUGACUUCGGGAGUCUAGUCUGCGAUUCUUGCUGCCUCCUCCCGUGGGCCGAAGCUCUGGCGCUGUGCUACAGCCAAACAGAAGACAAGGUCUAUAGGACCAGGAUUCCCCACCGUUCUCCACCACUUAUUCUCAUACACUUUCAGACCUCAGAGAUCACCUGCCUGAUGGGAAAAUUGACGCCCAGAGUGGGGUUCCGUGAAGUAAAAUGGCCCAUCGACUGACAAGGGAGCAGCGAGUGAGAGCAGUGAAGCUGUACUAUCAAAACCAGUGCAACGGCGCAGCAACCGCUCGGUUGUUACGUGAAGAAUUUGGCAUCCGGCUCGUACAGAGUCGUAACAUCACGAGUCUGAUCAGGAAGUUUGAGGCAACCGGCAGUGUGCAUGAUGCCAAAAGGUCAGGAAGACGCGUUUCAGCGACGACGGAAGAAAAGGCUGCCGAAUUACGGGCAUCGUUGUUACGAAGCCCUCAAAAAUCCAGAAUGGAGGGAUCUAAGACGUCCAGCAACACCAUGCAGGUGAGCUUCGUGUGCCAGCGCUGCAGCCAGCCCCUAAAACUGGACACGAGCUUCAAGAUCCUGGACCGUGUCACCAUCCAGGAGCUCACAGCGCCGUUACUUGCCACAGCCCAGGUGAAAUCAGGAGAGACCCAGGAGGAAGAGGCUAACUCGGGAGAGGAGCCAUUUAUUGAAACUCGCCAGGAUGGUGUCUCUCGCAGAUUCAUCCCCCCAGCCAGGAUGAUGUCUACAGAAAGUGCCAACAGCUUCACUCUGAUCGGGGAGGCAUCCGAUGGGGGAACCAUGGAGAACCUCAGCCGAAGACUGAAGGUCACUGGGGACCUUUUUGACAUCAUGUCAGGCCAGACAGAUGUGGAUCACCCGCUGUGUGAGGAAUGCACAGACACCCUUUUAGACCAGCUGGACACUCAGCUCAACGUCACCGAAAAUGAGUGUCAGAACUACAAGCGCUGUCUGGAGAUCUUGGAGCAAAUGAACGAGGAUGACAGUGAACAGCUACAGAUGGAACUGAAGGAGCUGGCAUUAGAGGAGGAGAGGCUCAUUCAGGAGCUGGAAGAUGUGGAAAAGAACCGUAAGAUAGUGGCAGAAAACCUCGAGGAGGUCCAGGCCGAGGCCGAGAGACUGGAUCAGGAGGAAGCCCAGUAUCAGAGAGAAUACAGUGAGUUUAAACGACAGCAGCUGGAACUGGAUGAUGAGCUGAAGAGUGUAGAAAACCAGAUGCGCUACGCCCAGAUGCAGCUGGACAAGCUGAAGAAAACCAACGUCUUUAAUGCCACCUUCCACAUUUGGCACAGUGGGCAGUUCGGCACAAUCAAUAACUUCAGACUGGGUCGCUUGCCCAGCGUUCCUGUGGAAUGGAAUGAGAUCAACGCUGCCUGGGGCCAAACGGUGUUGCUGCUCCAUGCGCUGGCCAAUAAGAUGGGGCUGAAAUUUCAGAGGUAUCGACUCGUUCCCUAUGGCAACCACUCGUACCUGGAGUCUCUGACAGACAAGUCUAAGGAGCUGCCGUUGUACUGUUCCGGGGGGUUGCGGUUUUUCUGGGACAACAAGUUUGACCACGCGAUGGUGGCGUUCCUGGACUGCGUGCAGCAGUUCAAAGAAGAAGUGGAGAAAGGCGAGACGCGUUUUUGUCUUCCCUACAGGAUGGAUGUGGAAAAGGGCAAGAUCGAAGACACGGGAGGCAGCGGCGGCUCCUACUCCAUCAAAACCCAGUUUAACUCCGAGGAACAGUGGACAAAAGCUCUCAAGUUCAUGCUGACGAAUCUUAAGUGGGGUCUGGCUUGGGUGUCCUCACAGUUUUAUAAUAAAUGACUUUCUUUUUUCCUGAGGGGGAUGUUUGCCUUAAAGGCUUUAAAUUUUGUUUUGUUUAGGAAAAGUUUUUAAAUUAAAUUCGGGUACUGUUAAACAGCACAUGUUUACAAUGCCAAAAAAAGAAAAAAAAAAUCUUCAUAAGCCACUUUACAAUAAUACCACGUGACAAUGAGUUUCCAGAGCCGGACACGCCACACACAGCUCCCAGCCUCUGCUGCAGUUUGGACUCUUAACCCCAGGCCUUUCUUUCCCUGUCUCCCCUUAAAACAACUAAUUUAAGUUUGCUUGUUUUUGUUUUUUUUUUUUUCAACUGAGUUGAAUUGAGAUUGAUGUGUUUUUCAGUGGAUUUGAUCUCUCUCAACUUCCUGCACUUAAACAACAUUAAAUAGGAACUUUUGUCUCCACUGAGACGACGGGAUGUGCGAGACGCACGGUUGGAUAACGUGAGAAAAGGGCACACAAGCUUUGGUCGCCACGUGAUGUGAUCAGGAGCCUGAAAUCCAACACGUCUCCCUCGGUGGUGCUGGUGCCGAAUGCCUGCUCCGCUCCGUGUUGGCGGUAUGCAAUGGUGUCUGAUCCCGUUCGGGCCAUUGUGCAGAGAUUUAAUUAUUCGUAAUAAAAGAUUUGCCGCAGUCUGAUAACUGCCCAAGGCGCACUGUUGGGUUUUUCCUGAACUAAAAGAGAGUGCUUUGUAUUUUGGGAGAACUGAGCUCUCAAGGGCAGGUAUGUGGAAAUUCUGUUGAAAUGGGUUAGUGUUACUUUUUAUAAACACUAACGGGGCCCUGACUGGCGUGGCCUGGUGGGGCGGCGGCCCGCAAGGCGAAAGGUUGCUGGUCGGAUUCCCAGUCGGGGCACGGGCCUGGUUUGCGGGGUCAGUCCCUGGUUGAGAGGCAACCGAUGGAUGUGUCUGUCUCACAUCACUGUUUCUCUCCCUCUCCACCUGCUUCCCUUCUUUCUAAAAAUAAAUAAAGUCUUAAAAAAAAAGACCAGUGGAAAUAACUGUGGAGAAAGCCCUGUUUGUGUAGAUCUCCGUAACAGAACAGAGAUGAUAAACUACGGGAAGUGGAGACUGCCUUCUUGCUCAGUCAAGGUCACCCAGAUGGUCUCAGUUUUUGAGCCCCUGGUUAACACUAGUCUUCAUGUCUGUGUUCUCUCGUAAUGAAAUGUACAAUUAAAGAAAAGGCAUAAAUAUCUUGUUAAAUAAAAGUGAGUCAACUUCACUAAUA